UCCAUUGCCAUUCCGUAUGAAGGAGCCCCGGCACUUUUGGACGGAUCCCUGGUGGGUGACGUGGGCUUUGAUCCCUGCUUCCUUUCUACCAAGGCCGACACCGUGGCUGCUCCGUACUUCAACGGAAUCUUCAACAAUGAAGUGAGCAUCGACGGUCUCACCUGGUACCGCGAGGCCGAACUCAUGCAUGGACGUAUCUGCAUGAUCGCCGUCGUGGGAUUCAUCGCCCCCGGUUUCGGAACCUUUGAAGGCAACGCCUGGACCGGCGCCGACGCCUUUUCCAACACCAACCCCUUGGAAGCCCUCGGAGCCGCCCCCAGCGCCUCGAUUUUCCAGAUCUUUGCCUUUAUGGCGGCCUUGGAAUUCCGCCGCAUCAACAUUAUCUUCCAGCAAGGCAACAACUACCAGCCCGGUGACUCUCAGCGUUGGGGACAAGGAGACGGCCGCUGGAACCCUCUCGGACUCAACUACUCCCCAGAAGAAUACGAAGAGAAGCAGCUGCAGGAAGUGAAGCACGCCCGUCUUGCCAUGGUUGGCCUACUUGGACUCCUUUUCCAAGCCAACGCCUCUGGUGUCAACGUCAUUGAUCAGCUGUCG